ACACUUGAAGUGUCCACUUCCUCUUUCUUUUGUGUGAUCUCGAAUUGAGUGUGUGGACCGGUGUUGCAGCAAAAACUAGUUAUCCAAUACGGUUCGAUCCCGGAAUCUAGCCAGGGGACGACCUGAGUUGGCCAGGAUUGAGAGGGCAUCGUAGAAAUUUGUGUCAAUAUUACUUUCUCUUUUUAGGCUAACAUGCAUACCAUUUGGAAUAUUACAAAGCGCUUUGGCGCUAAAACUCCGCUACGAGGGCACAUGGACAUGUUCUGGCUGAAGCUCGUGUGUGCCCUUUAUCGGGAUGGAACGUUGAACCUGGCCGUGCCCCUGGGAAAGUACCGCCAAACAACGGUGAAGAACUAUCGUGAUUUCUCUCCAAUUAGAGUACGGAAUACUUAUUUGGGCAAUAAUAAGAAUGAUAUGGCCUUUUGCAACGCCUAUCUGCAAAAAUUGCUCCAGGAUUACACCCACAAACGGGAGGAGCAGAGGAAAGCCCAGGUUCGGGACACAUUCAAGUACAAGUCGUCCUAUUAAGAGGAUUUUCCCAAGGCGCUUUGUAAACUUCUAAACUCUGCAAUACAAAAUUCAAACUCAACGAAGAGGCUGUUACAAAUUCAAAACUAAAUAAAUCGAGCUGCCAGAUCAGUGAAAAA